AUGAGAUUCUCUACGGUGCUGACGUUUCUCACCGGCUGCGUCUUGGUUCUCUCACCGGCAAGUGAUGGCUGCGGACCGGGCAGAGGUUAUGGAAAGAGACGGCCAGCUAGAAAACUAACGCCACUGGCUUAUAAACAGUUUAGUCCCAACGUCGCUGAGAAAACGCUGGGAGCCAGCGGUAAAUACGAGGGGAAAAUUACGCGAAACUCCGAGCGCUUCAAAGAGCUCACUCCGAACUACAACCCCGAUAUCAUCUUCAAGGAUGAGGAGAAUACAGGUGCAGACCGGAUGAUGACACAGCGAUGCAAAGACAAGCUGAAUUCCCUGGCCAUCUCCGUCAUGAACCUCUGGCCCGGCGUGCGUCUCCGGGUGACGGAGGGCUGGGACGAAGACGGGCACCAUUCCGAGGAGUCGCUGCACUACGAGGGACGGGCGGUCGACAUCACCACCUCGGACCGGGACCGAACCAAAUACGCCAUGCUGGCCCGACUGGCGGUGGAGGCCGGUUUCGACUGGGUCUACUACGAGUCCAAGGCCCACAUCCACUGCAGCGUUAAAUCAGAGAACUCCAUAGCUGCCAAGACAGGUGGCUGUUUCCCAGGCAGCGCUUGGGUUACCACAGAGGGCGGAGGUCGUCGGCUGAUGCGCGACCUGCGCCCGGGCGACCGCAUCCUGGCCUCGGCGGGCAGCGACGGAACCGGACCCCUCGUCUACAGCCAGGUCAUCACGUUCCUGGACCACCAGCCCGCUGCCCCGAAACUCUUUUAUGUCAUCAGCACUGAGGACGGUCCCACCCUGUCCCUGACUCCAGCCCACCUGCUGUUUGUCGCAGAGGGCGACUGUUCUAGAGGGAAUGGGUCGGCCCAGGGAGCGACACGGACGGUAUUCGCCAGUGACGCUCGACCCGGAAUGUGCGUGCUUACGGCGGGGGAAGGGGGAGAGCGAGGCCUCUCGCGUAUCGCUCGGGUAAGGGUGAGAGAGGACAGGGGCGUGUUUGCCCCCCUCACGACCCACGGGACUUUGGUGGUGAACGGCGUGGUGACGUCGUGUUACGCCGCUGUGGACCGACACGAACUCGCCCACUGGGCUUUCGCUCCGCUCCGCCUGCUGCACCAUUGGGCUGGGCCCGGCUGCUGUUGCCACGGAGACGGCCUGCACUGGUACGCUGGCGCCCUGCACUGGGCGGGGACUCUGCUGUUAGAUUCAGAGCACUUUCAUCCCUGGGGUAUGGAAAAAAGAGAGAAAGACUUAUGUGAACGGGAUGAAUGA